CUACUACUACUGCUACUGCGCCUACUAGUACCUCUCGCGCGCGUGGUGACCGUGACCCAAGAAACCGCUCGAAGGUUCGCGGGCUUUUUUUGCCAAGUGAUGAAAUAGAAGAUGACGACGGCGAAGACGAUGCUGCUGCCGUUCCGGUGCCAUCUCUAGGCGACGCGCUUGGCGUCGAGCUCGAGCAAGACGACGCACCUCACGUCGAUCGAGACGACGUUCUUCUCGUCGAUCAAGACGACGCAUUUUGCGCCGAUGAAAGCGACGUACUUCGAGCCGAUCAGUGUGGCGAUGGUGGAAGCGCAUCUGCAGCGGGCGUUGGGUCGGUCCUCGAAGAGGAGACAACGCGGGAAACAGCGGCCGGCCAUGGAAGAGGGAGCGCCAUUCAAAAGCUUCGCGGCAUAACCGCCGAGCGCCUUCGUGAGUACACAUUCAAUGAGGGGCGCUACACGAUUCCCCGGCCACGUCUAGCGGAUGACGCAGAGUGGG